AUGUAUGCAGCAAUGCAAUCUGCGUAAGUGAGUAAGUUUUUACAGAAUGAAGUUUCAAGCAAAUUAUUUCUAAGAUUUAGACUUGGGUAUUAUAACCAUCUAUUUUACUAUAUGAUCGGAAUACCAUCUAGAGCAUCGCCCCAUAACUGCUCAAGUUUUCAAAGGUUCAGUUCAUUAAACGCAUAAGAGGAGUGGUAGCGGUAUCUAAAACAUUUCAACAUCCUUACCUUGUGGCAGAAUAUUCACACUGCUUCAUAAAAUUAAAAGCUGUAUGAUUUUUGGAAGUAAGGAUAUGAUGGGAAUGCAUUAGGAACACUUAUUGCCACUUUAAUAAGAAUCUCUAUUACUUGUGAAAGUAGAACUUGUUAUAGACAUUUUCUCACAAGCCUACCAAAACAAGUAUAUGAGCCACUGGGUGCAUCACCAUUUAAAGCAUUAACAGUCAAGGCAAAUUAAAUUUAAGGAGAUGGAUGA